CAUCAUACACAAAUCAAAUUAUACAUGAUGAUUACCCAAAAUCCCAUUGACCUACCCAGUGCUAAACCUGUCCCGAUACUAGACACGAACGGUAAAGAACUUGACCCUCGUUCGAGUUAUCGUAUGGUUUACACUAACCGGGGUCCUUAUGGUGGUGAUAUAUACUUAGAUUACUCCCCAGGUUCAACUGCGCCUUGUCCAGAUGGUGUGUUCCGUUACGGUCAGGUUGGACCUAAGGGUACACCCGUGAGAUUGAUUCCACCUAGUCAUUUUGGACCAGGUGUGUAUGAAGAGCAACAAAUCAAAAUCCAAUUCGUUAUUUCCAAUGUGGAAAAGUGUGGUGACUAUACAAUUUGGAAAGUCGGACCUUACGAUAGAGAAGAACGAACUUCGUUUUUGGAGACGGGGCGACAAGAUAGCAAGUCAUGUUUCAAGAUUGUGAAAUCGCCACGAUUAUUGGGUUACGAACUAUUGACUUGCGAUGGUGCGUUAGUGGGAACUAUGGGCCAGCGUGUGGCUCUUGUGGCUAACUACUCACUUGAUUUCGACUUUGAGAAAGUUGAGGACUAGUUAAAAAUUUGAUGCUACAUGUUUUAAAAUAAACUCCUUAUAUUUGGCAUGGUUUUUCCGUAUAAAUUAUGUUUGCUCCUUGUCCUUCACUAGCUAUUUCAAGGCUUUGUGUGUACAAAAAUAAAUGUUGAAAAAGACUGCUUGAUAAUGUUAGGUGUAUGAACAAUAUCCUAUAUAUAUAUAUAUGUUGGUGCGAUAUGGAUUUAAAUUGGA